CAGUCGGAUACCAGUACGACCAGAUCUGACCACCACAACAGUUGCAUUGUUUCUGGCCUUUCUGCAUAAAGGUUGCAGCGAUAACAGUAGAGUGAGCUUCUAAAAAAGACACCGAAGGAUCCAACGUGGGCAAGAAAGACAGGAAGUAACCCAGAGGCUCGCUCUAGCUAGUCAUUGGUGACGACAGAUACAACUGAAGCGACUCUAGCUAGCAAGUUAGGAUGGGUCAAGCACGCUAUUUGUUUCUCAAGGGAGCAUUUGAAUGCGCCAAGCGUACUCCCGAGUGGCGACAAUGGGUCAACACGACCGUCAAGGCCAACUUGGUGACGAGAAUGUUGCAGCGCAUGUUCCAUGAAGAGAACGACGCGGUCAAGUUCUAUGUCAUUCCACAAGUCGUAGGACAGCCGCUGCCCACGACGGCCGAAGGUUUUGCCCAAGAACUCCGAAAACCCUUUCAGCAGUACGUUCGCUGCUACUUUGCUGGCAAGCAGGGCAUGCUGCAGGGAGAAAUCUCUCAUGGGAGUCGAGAUCAGAUUGCUCAGAUGGUACUCUUCAUGAUUGAAGACCAUUUCCCACACUGCAAGCCGCUCCUCGAGGGAAUCAAAACCAUUGUGGAGGAAAAGAGACACAUUUCCCAGUUUCAAGUCAAAAAAUCACCGGCAAACUUUUUAAAGUACAUUUAUCUACAUCUCGCCAAUGACGAAGGGCGGGGAGAGAUUCAUGCAGAGUUUUACCGUGUCAAAGGAUGGGAAGAAUUCGUUUGCAGGGUCCAACAGGAAAUCAACAACAGCAUUCCGCGUCCUGUGAAUGCUCUGCCCAUGUCCAUUGCACAGGCCAACCGCGUCGUUCCGAACGCUGUUUCGUCUUCUACUACUACUACUUUCGAUGACAAACCACGCAAGGUUGCUCGAAGACGCUCCUCAGCCUCCGCUGUGGAACAGCCAGUAGCGGCUCCAAAGCAAGCACCUCCCGAAAACGUCAUUCUCAAGAUUGCUGCUUUGGAGGUCGCCACCACGACCGAUGCAUGGAAGGCCAUUUGUGCCAAGAGGCAAAGUGGAUCAUCAUCGACGGCAUCCUAUCUUCUCACAAAAGAGGAAAAACAAAACAUUCUGACAGAAACACACCGCGAGAUUAUGUCUCGGGAGGUUGAUCACAACAAGUACGUCCACCCAGCAUUGACUUCGUCGGCAGCCACAUUUUGUGAAUGGUAUGCCACGCCCCUGCAACAGUUGGCCAUGACGUACUUUCAGGAAACUCGUGACGAAUCCGUCGGUAUGACCAUUGGGUUUGGAUGCUGCGAUGAACAGCUUUACCACAUCACGCUGCUAUUGAUACGCCACAAGUGGCCAGACUGCAAGCUAUUGCACAAGGGACUCUAUCAAAUGGGCAAAGCACAACCCUGGAAUGUUAGGGAUACCACGAGCAAAAAGAUCAAGACUACCAACUGGGAAACCAAUCCCAUCAAGGUCAUUGAGUUCUUUAGGGGCAACUACCUGAGCGAGACACACAAGACUAUGUUUGAUUGGGAGUUCCGGAGUGUGGAAAACUACAGCCAUAAAUGUGCUGCUUCGACGCCUACGAGUCGCGCCCAAAGUAGUUUCAAGGACGAACCGACGUUGCGAGUCAUUGACACGGUGUUUCGGAGUGAUUCCUUUGGUCGAGCCCGCCAUCUCAUGGACAAGGUGCCCCAUGGCAAAAAGACGGAUGAGUACGUAACAGUAUUGAGCCAAUCCCUGGAACCACUCUUGAAGAAAGUCCGGGCGGAGCUAUGGGGUGACGACAAGUUGGAAACGCUUCGGACGCUUGUCACAGCGCUACACAGAGGCUUCUUUGAGAUUGUUUGUGGAGAAACCAUUCACUGUGAUGGGUUCUCGGCAGACAAGAGGUUCGCCGUUAUCCACUAUCUCGCCACCAUGCAGUGUCCAAUCUUGAAGCCUGCAAUCACGGCCAUGGGCGUUCAUCGGGGUUACUUGAAAGAAAGCACGGUGAGAACAGUUCGGCCUCGUCUUGCUCUAGAGACCAACCAGACCUUCGCGCCCGUGUUGAGAGAGAUCCUCCUGUACGCCACAGAACCGGAAAGGAAUGGGUUCUUCAACUUGCUCAAGGGAAACGUGCUUUUGGGAUCCCAUUUCUGCGGAAGCCGGUUGGAAGAACUGUGGAAGGGCCCGGAACAGCUCAAUGGAGACUGGAAACAAGAUGUGUACCCAGGAAAUGGCUCCUUCAUCAAAGACACUGAAAAUAGUCUCAGUGUUCAUGGCGGUAGCGACGCGAAAAGCCAAGGCAACAAAUCGCCAGGCCCAGUCAAAGCAGAGAAUGGAGCUGACAAAGCUGAGGAUGCCCUUCGCCACGACCAUGGUCUCAUGAAAGAAGUGCUGGCCAGAUGCAAAAGUCUUCCAGCCAAACAGCUCCUUUCCGCAUGGUUGGAGGAACACGACAAGGGGACAGUUUCGGAUGUCAUUACAUCGAUCAACAAUACAACAAUUGUCACUCCGCCCCCUUCGAUCGCGUCGCAUGCACGUGUGACACCGCCACAACCUAAAAGACAAACAUUGAAAAAGGACAAGGAGAAGUCACUUGCAGAUGCUACAAAACCACCCAUUGCCUCCAAUAGCACUCCAGUGCAGUCAGCUUCCCCCGUUGCCCUCUCCAUGGAACACGACGUUAAUACAAGGAAGCGCAAAGCCGAUCGCGAGGUAGAACGACGAGCUGAGGCGUCUCGAAUGGGCAUCGAGAAGAAACGUGCGGCUCGCGAGUUGGAAGCACGCAUGGUUCAUUUGGCGCAAAAUAUGCCCACUCCACCAUCCACGCAGUAGGCAGCUCCCUCCGGCAAUAAUUGGCUCGUCUUCACUACGAUCGAGAAAGGGUUUGCUUCGGCGUGUUAACUCAUUUCAUUACUAAGCCAUUCAGUUAGAUUUCU